CUUCAUCAUCACGUGUUUUAUGUUCCAAUGACUUCAUCUUCUACAAGUGAGAUAUCAAUGCCUAAAGUAAUGCCCACUGCAUCGGAGUUGGCAGAGAGGAUCAUGCUUCCUGGUGCUGGAGGUAGAAGGACGGGUGCAGCCUAUGAGGAACUACGCCGUUUACCUACAUCACUACUACGGGAGACAUUAGAAAUAUUAGUUCACUAUAACUAUGUUAGUGAUAAUGUCCUUAUACAGUGUAUGGGUCAGGAUCUAUUCUCACUCAAUUUAACUGGAGCAUACAAUCUUAGAAAGUCUCUAUUAGCCUAUAUCCCACGUGAAUGUCCCAACUUGAGGAUACUCAAUUUAUCCUAUUGCAGACAGGUUAACAAUCGUCUAGUAUCAGCUAUACUAGUAUCAUGCCGUUAUUUACAGACCCUUAUCUUAGAAGGUUGUGUAAGGAUUAGUGAUUCGGCAUUUGUUGCGGAAGGAGGGCAGCCACAACUCGGUUUGGCUAGACUUCAACAGUUGUCUGUAGGGGGCUGUGGACAAUUAUCAGCCUUUGCUCUACAAAGGGUUACUGAUGUUGCUAAGAAGACUCUAGUGAAAUUGGAUGUUAGUCAGACAGGUGCCAAAUCACCAUGCUUUGAUAAGUUGAUUACUCGUUGCCUUGGUCGUGGGCUCACAUACUUAGAUUGUUCUGGUACUGCAGUAACUGACCAAGCCUUGACAGAUCCUGAUCUAUCCCUUCUACCUCUACAACACAUAAUGAUUGGUGCCUGCUCUAAGGUUACGGAUAUUGGUAUUGCAGCAUUGGCAUCGAAGAGUCCAGACUUGGUAUCAUUUAGCUCUAAAUGGUGUGCUCAGUUGGGAGAUGAAUCUGUGAUAGCUUUAUCUCAAUACUGUCCAAAUUUGAAACGUUUGGAUUUGGGUAACUCCAAAGUGACAGAGAAAGGCUUAUUGAGGCUACCUGCAGGAUUAGAGGCUCUUAGUCUCGAAUGGUGUUUGCAUAUUGAUAAGGAUUGUAUACUAAAGUUGCACUAUUUGAAUAACCUCAAGGAGUUGAAUAUAUCCAAUUGCUUAUGUUUUGGUAAACCCCAAAACGUGGUUACCAGUAAGGAAGUAUGCCAAGUCCUUAUAGCCAAUCCUGGAAUAGAGAAACUUCAAUUGGCAGGGUUGGAGGCAUGUGGUACACAAGAGACUCUAGAGGUCAUUCGAGAUCAUCUACCCAUGCUCAAAGUAUUAGAUAUUCUCCUUACUUCUAAAGAAGAAGAAGAUGCUGCUGGUCUUGUUGAAGGCAUGCAGACCUUAACUUCUGAGGGCUGUAGUCUUCUUACUUCACUUACUCUAGACUUGUCUAAGCUAUCUGAGAAGGCAGCAACAGAUAUAAUACUUGCAAGUCUUGGUCUACCUAACUUACCCUUAUUAAGGAAUAUUUCAAUAACUGUCCCAAGCCUAAGUCAAAUAGCAUUUGAGACUAUCCUAGCGGAUCGUUGUACUCUGGAUUCAAUAGAGAUCCGUGGACCAUGUCCAGGGCUAAAUGAUUGUGCCCUACACAAAUGGUUAUGUGGGUAUAUGCCUAGUGAUGGUAGACUACCUUUACUAGACCAAGUCCUACGUAGUGGUAUCUCUAUUCAUGAUGAUCAUCAUCAUCAUGACCAACAACAAAAACAGCAACAAAGGUUCUCGGGUGGUGGCCUUCCUGGUUAUUAUUAUAACUCUAUUAGAACUCCAACGAGUGCUCAUGGAACAGUAAGGAGUGAGAGUAAUUGUGUUGGUCUAUCUGAUAGUGAUGCUACAGUAGUGAGGUUCUCCGGCCAAAGGCUACUACCUAAAAAGGUCUAUUUCGUCUCUUCAAGUUCGAGUGAGGCCGAGACAGCAGCACCACCGUCCAGCAGGUGUUAUCAUCAGAGGAAUGAUGCUAAUACAUACAAGAAGCCAGCAUUCCCUUUGUUAUUCGAUGAACAUGCUCAAGCUUUACAAAGAGUUCGGAGAUUGAUUAUAACUGAUGGGCUCAGUGGUCUCACAGAUGAAGGGGUCUAUAUGCUAUCACGUAUACUUACCUAUGUACAGCAGUUGGAGUUAUUAGGAUGCUGUGAUGGUGUUUCUGAGGAGUCAGCAGAAGUCCUUAAACGACGAUGUAGAGCAUUAAAGACUUUACACAUUACGGAUUCUAAUCAGCAACUUAUCGUUAAAGUCGAUAACUCCAAGUCUAGCAGCUUCCACUCCUCCCAUACUACUACUACUGGUCCACCAACAUCAUCAUCAUCGAGGGGAUCAGCAGCAGCAGCAGGUGGAGGAGGAGGGUCUAAUCGUAGUAGACGAGUACACUUUGGGACGGCGGCGACGGUGGCACCAACUCUAUUAUGAGGGGACGUGUAGUAUAAUAAUAUUCAACGUUUCUUAUCAAACUCCUUAUCAU